AAACUCCUUGUUAAGUUCUGCUGUGACAGAAUUUUUAGCAGACACUCUCUCCCCGUCUCCCUUUAGCCUUCUUCUCUUUCAUGUCAGUCUAGAAGACAUCUCGUAGUCUUCUGUGUCCUAUUCCCUCCCUUUUCCCCGCCGUUUUAAGAGAACGGUUCCACACAGCGUAAGGACAAACACAGACAGCCAUGGCAGCUAGCACUGGCUCGAGUGGCAGCAGCAAGAGCGAGUUCACGGUUGGUGGACGCUACAGGCUCGUCAGGAAGAUCGGAAGUGGUAGCUUUGGUGACAUCUACUUGGGGGUUAACCAAACCAAUGGAGAGGAAGUGGCUGUGAAACUGGAGUCACACAAAGCUCGGCACCCACAGCUAUUGUACGAGUCAAAACUCUACAAGAUACUACAGGGAGGUGUUGGUAUACCUCACAUAAAGUGGUAUGGAUCAGAGAAGGAAUAUAAUGUGCUAGUGAUGGAUUUGCUAGGGCCCAGCUUAGAGGAUCUCUUUAAUUUUUGCUCGCGUCGUUUCACAAUGAAGACAGUCUUAAUGCUUGCAGAUCAGAUGAUAGGUCGAAUCGAGUAUGUUCACAAUAAGAACUUUAUCCAUCGGGACAUAAAGCCAGACAACUUCCUCAUGGGAAUUGGGAGACACUGUAACAAGUUGUUCAUCAUUGAUUUCGGAUUGGCUAAGAAAUACAGGGACACUCGCUCGAAGCAGCACAUACCGUACAGAGAAGACAAGAACCUGACUGGGACUGCUCGAUAUGCCAGCAUUAAUGCUCAUUUAGGAAUAGAACAAUCUACAGUAGUAUUACUAUAACCAUUAGUAUUUAUUGACAUACUGUUAUCAUUAUUAAUUAUUUUGUUACAAUUAACGCAGGCUGCCACAAAGAAACAGAAGUAUGAAAAGAUUAGCGAGAAGAAGCUCUCUACUCCCAUUGAAAUUCUUUGCAAGGGUUUUCCAGCUGAAUUUGCCAUGUAUUUAAAUUACUGCCGCGGUCUUAGAUUCGAGGAGUCACCCGACUACAUGUAUCUCCGCCAGUUGUUCCGUAUCUUAUUUCGCACUCUCAAUCAUCAGUAUGACUACACCUUUGACUGGACUCUCUUAAAACAGAAAGCAGCUGCUUCAACUAGCUCAAGCAGUACCGUACCUGCAGGACCCACCGCAAUAGAUGAUAAGCGUGAUGAUAAACGUGAUGAUGGUCAUGGAAUGGGUGGAAGGCUGCAUGGUGGUGUGCCAGGACCAAAGAAGAGGUAAAGUUUUAAAGAGUAAUUUCAUCUUCUCUUUCUCUCUCUCUAUGUUUCUCUCUAAACUGAAAUCUUUUUGUGCAAUUCUUCCUCUUCCUUCUUCUGUUACUUAUGACUCUCUCGUUGUCUUUUUGAUGUCUUUGUCUUCACAUGAUUAACUUAUUUAUUGCGCAUUAUAAGAGAUACUACUUUGUGUAUGAAA